GAAGAAUCACUAUGAACAGGUAAAAUUUCUGGCCUCGAUCUCAAUACAUUCCGGAAUUUGGUUAUACUGCUACUGAAAAGUUAUACUUUCCUCGUAAUUAUUCAAUUUGGUUAUGUCAAGUUAAUAUUUGCUAGGAUUUUUAAUAAAAUAUUCCUGAAAAUUUUCAUCUCUCAAUUUGAGUCGAUAGAUGAUUUGUUUUCUCUUUGGGGCCACGAAAUUUGGUAAAAACAAACAAAAGGGGAAACCGAAGGAAGUUUUCCGAGCUGGAAUUUUCAUAUGGCUUGGCGGUUGCCACUUUUGAGAGUAAUUAUGUGAGAGUGCGUGGUCUGCCUGUGGGUUUAAUGCGUGGGUAAUUUUCAAGGUUCUUAGGCCUAUAAGGAAGUAUGGGUUGCGAACUUUCAGCGCUGCCACAAGUGACUUGUUGAAUGCUUCACAUAAUCACUCAGCCACUACAGUAAUUUCUUCAUCUUUCCUUUGGAAUCACUAUCAAUUGCUAAUUGUGUCCUAAUGUUACCUGUAUGAUUUGGUUGCCCAAUAUGGACAUGAAAGACAGGAUGGAGGGAUUAUUAUGUUUUGUUAUAACGGCAUCCUCGAGAAGACGAAUUCAACCGACAAUGUUCCUCAGUAUGAUGUUGCCAUUGUUGGAGGUGGCAUGGUUGGUGUGGCUCUUGCUUGCUCCUUGGCUACCAUGCCAUUGACCAAACACCUGAAUGUAGCCUUAAUUGAUAGCAAUCCUGCAUUGAUGGCUGGAGGUUCCAUUAAAAAGGAGGAUCCCCCUGAUCCUAGAGUCAGUACGGUGACUCCUGCAACUAUAUCUUUCUUUAAAGGUAUGGGUGCAUGGAAAUAUAUUCAACUGCAUCGGCAUGCUUUCUUUGAUAGGAUGCAGGUUUGGGAUUAUACUGGCCUUGGAUAUACAAGAUAUUCGGCAGGUGAUGUUGAUAAAGAAGUCCUUGGGUGUGUUGUGGAGAACAAAGUGCUUCACAGAGCCUUGUUAUCGUGCAUGGAGGAAUCAAACAUGCAGAAGACAAUAUAUCCUGCUAGAUUAUCGGCAUUGGAUCUAAGCUUUUCAUUGAAAUCAGACAAUGUAUCCUCGCAGCCCCAUGCAAAUGUAGCUAAGCUGAACCUUAGCAAUGGAGACAUUUUGUAUGCAAAGUUGGUGGUAGGAUCUGAUGGAUCAAAAUCGCAUGUCAGGGAGCUGGCAGGAAUUAAAACGACUGGUUGGAAGUAUCCUCAAAAUGCUAUUAUCUGUACGGUGGAGCAUGCCGUAGAGAACCGGUGUGCUUGGCAACGGUUUUUGCGCUCUGGACCCAUUGCACUUCUUCCUAUUGGAGACAACUUCAGUAAUAUUGUUUGGACAAUGGAUCCCAAACAAGCUGCUGAAUGUAGAUCAAUGGAUGAGGCAGACUUUCUAAAAGCAGUUAAUGAGGCUCUUGAUUAUGGACAUGGACCCCAUCCUCAAUCUGAAACUAAAGGCGGUGGGGGUCUUUUUUCUUGGCUGAAAUUAGAUACUACACCAUCAGCCAAUGAACCGUUUGAAGUGCCUCCCAGAAUAACUAAAUUGGCCUCUGAGAGAAUGGUGUUUCCCUUGUCCUUAAUGCAUGCAAACUCUUAUGUAUCAAAGCGGGUUGCUCUUAUUGGUGAUGCGGCACACACUGUGCACCCAUUAGCCGGUCAAGGAGUCAAUAUGGGUUUUGGAGAUGCAUCUUCUCUUUCCAGGGUCAUUUCUGAAGGUGUCGCUGUAGGAUCGGAUAUUGGGGAGAUAUCUCUCUUGAGGCGAUACGAAUCAGAAAGGAAAGCUGCAAACAUAGCAAUGAUGGCUGUCCUUGAUGGUUUUCAGAAGGCAUAUUCGGUUGACUUUGGGCCGCUUAACGUGUUGCGGGCUGCUGCAUUUCAUGGAGCCAAUUACAUCUCACCCCUGAAGAAGAAUAUCAUUUCUUAUGCUUCGGGAGAGCAGGGCAUUCCUCUUUUCUCUUGA